UUAGGGCGGAAGGAGCUGCCCCGAGUAAGAAGGUGAACGAAAGAUGGCGGCGGAAACGCUGCUGUCCAGCCUGUUGGGGCUGCUACUUCUGGGGCUCCUGUUACCCGCAACUCUGGCCGGCGGUGUCGGAAGCCUGAAUCUAGAGGAACUGAGUGAGAUGCGUUAUGGGAUCGAGAUCCUGCCGUUGCCUGUCAUGGGAGGGCAGAGCCAAGCUUCGGACGUGGUGAUUGUCUCCUCUAAGUACAAACAGCGCUAUGAAUGUCGCCUGCCAGCUGGAGCUAUUCACUUCCAGCGUGAAAGGGAGGAGGAGGCACCUGCUUACCGAGGGCCUGGGAUCCCUGAGCUGUUGAGCCCAAUGAAAGAUGCUCCUUGCUUGCUGAAGACCAAGGACUGGUGGACAUAUGAAUUCUGUUACGGACGCCACAUCCAGCAGUACCACAUGGAAGAUUCAGAGAUCAAAGGUGAAGUCCUCUAUCUCGGCUACUACCAAUCGGCCUUCGACUGGGAUGAUGAGACAGCCAAGGCCUCCAAGCAGCAUCGUCUGAAACGCUACCACAGCCAGACCUAUGGCAACGGGUCCAAGUGCGACCUUAAUGGGAGGCCACGGGAGGCUGAGGUUCGGUUCCUCUGUGACGAGGGUGCUGGUAUUUCUGGGGACUACAUUGAUCGAGUGGAUGAGCCCCUGUCCUGCUCUUAUGUGCUGACCAUUCGGACUCCUCGGCUCUGCCCCCACCCUCUCCUCCGGCCCCCACCCAGUGCUGCUCCCCAGGCCAUCCUGUGUCACCCUGCUCUGCAGCCUGAGGAGUACAUGGCCUACAUUCAGAGGCAAGCUGACUCAAAGCAGUAUGGAGACAAAGUCAUAGAGGAACUGCACGACCUAGAGCCACAAAUGUGGAGCGAGGCCAAGCCGGGAGCAGUGCCCCCAAGGAGAGCAGGUGCACGUCCAACCAAGGAUGACGGUAAGGAAUCAGAUUUCUGGAAGAUGCUUCGUGAGCCAGAGGACCAGGCUGCUGGUGGGGAGGAGGCUCAGGCUGAGGAGCAGGAACCAAAUCUUGAGGCAGCAGACCCAGCUCCGGGCCCUCCUCAUGAUUUUCAGAACAACGUGCAGGUCAAAGUCAUCCGGAGUCCUGCGGACUUGAUUCGAUUGAUAGAGGAGCUGAAAGGUGGAACAAAAAAGGGGAAGCCAAAUGGAGGCCAAGAGCAGCCUGCAGAUGAUGCCACAGACGUCCCUCAAAAGGAAGCAGAGGUGAAGGCGAAGAGUGACGCAGAUCAUCAGAACGAGGUAGAAGAAGAGGAGGAGGAGGAGGAGGACGAAGACGAAGAUGAGGAUGAACAGCAGUUGCUGGGAGAGUUUGAGAAGGAACUGGAAGGGAUACUGCUCCCGUCAGACCGAGACAGGCUCCGCUCAGAGGUGAAGGCUGGCAUGGAGCGGGAACUGGAGAACAUCAUCCGGGAGACAGAGAAGGAGCUGGACCCAGACGGGUUGAAGAAGGAAUCCGAGCGUGAUCGGGCAAUGCUGGCCCUGACAUCCACUCUCAACAAACUCAUCAAAAGGCUGGAGGAAAAACAGAGUCCAGAGCUGGUGAAGCAGCACAGGAAAAGGAGGGUUGUCCCCAAAAAGCCUCCCCCCUCCCCCCAACCAGCAGAGGAGGAUCCUGAGCACAGAGUCCGGGUCCGGGUCACCAAGCUCCAACACGGAGGCCCCAAUCAGGAUCUGACUGUCCUCGAGAUGAAACGGGAAAACCCACAGCUGAAACAAAUCGAGGGGCUGGUGAAAGAGCUGCUGGAGAGGGAGGGGCUCACGGCGGAAGGGAAAAUUGAAAUCAAAAUCGUGCGACCCGGCGCGGAAGGGACAGAGGAAGACGCACGCUGGCUGACUGACGAGGACACAAGAAACCUCAAGGAGAUUUUCUUCAAUAUCUUGGUGCAGGGAGCAGAGGAGGCGCAGAAAGAGCGGCAACGGCAGAAGGAGCUGGAGAGCAAUUACCGCCGCGUGUGGGGCUCUCGCGGCGGGGAGGGCACGGGGGACCUGGACGAGUUUGAUUUCUGAGACCACCGCUGCCGUCGGCUGGCCAGGGAAUCCCGGGCCUGCCUAGACUGGCCCUGCCUUCUCCCCCACCAGCCACCCGGGCCCUGAAGGCUAAGCGGCAGAGCUGAGCCUCGGACCCUGGCAUCCAGCCGAUCCUGCCCACCCCCCCACCCCCCCGGGGGGGGCGUGGCAGGAGCACACGGCUGCUGCUCAGACCUGCCCAAGACCAACUGGGCCUGCCGGGUUUGCUCUCCCAGGCUCCUCCCCACAACCCCUCCCUUUCUCCAGCCCGCCCUGGUACCAACCCCUUAACUUGUUGGUUCCUUUCCCCUCCCUACCUGGAAAGUUGGUGAGAUCUCUUGCGUGGAGGAGGGCAGGGAGAGCAAGAAGAGUGGGGCAGUUCAGCAGGCCCCCCACCCCCUGCCCGAACUGCUCCUCAGGGUCACCCCCUUCCCUUGGAUUGGCUUGGGAUUUCCCACUCCUCUCCCUUCCCACACUGUUCCCUACAAUCCAUACUUCUGAGUUGAGGUGCUUCCCCCUCUGUCUCUGAGGAAAUGGGAGAGAGUUGCCCACCACCUCUGACACAAUCCCACUGAAAAGGGUGGGGUACAGAACCACCCACCAUGUUCUUGAACAAUCAGGUUUCCAAAUAAAGAACUGGACCAUC